AUGUCGAUACCUCCUGUGUGGUGUUCGUCAACACUAGAUAUGUUAAUUACCAACAAAGAUACACCAAAGCAUGAUGUACUUACCAUCAUUGGAGAUUUUAAUGCAAAAGUAGGUUCAACUAACAUAGGUUCAGAAGAAGUGAUGGGAAAACAUGGGCUUGGAGAAAUUAACAACAAUGGUGAAAGAUUAUUAGAGAUGUGUACUAUGAACAAUCUGGUAAUUGGGGGAACAAUCUUUGAACAUAAAAACAUACAUAAAGCCACAUGGGUGUCUCCAAAUGGGAAAGUGAAAAACCAGAUCGGUCACAUACUGAUUAAUAAGAAAUGGAGGUCAUCAUUAUUAGAUGUAAAAGUGAAGAGAGGUGCAGAUGUAUACAGCGACCAUCACCUAGUAAUUGGAAAGAUCAGACUAAAAUUUAGAAAAAAUAAAUGCAAAACACCAAGCAAGAUCAUAGACUUUGGAAAACUUAAACCUGAAAUACAACAAAACUUCAAUAUAGAACUGAAGAACAGAUUCGAGGUCUUACAACUUGAAGAAAAUGAGAUUGACAUAAACUCUAAAUGGCAACAUAUGAGUGAAAUUUAUUUAAAAACAAGUGAGGACAUCUUGGGUUACAAAAAUAAAGAAAGAAAGGAAUGGAUAUCUGAAAAAACCUGGGCUCUAAUUAUAGAAAGAAAACUGUUAAAAUCAAAAACCAACCAAGCAACAAGAGAACAACAAGAGAGAACGAAAGAUCUAUAUAAUAGUAAGGAAAAGGAAGUGAAAAAGAAUGCUAAGGCAGACAAAAAGGCAUACAUAGAUAAGAUUGCAGAAGAGGCUGAAAAUGCAUCUAAGUUGGAGAUAUAA